ACAACAACAAGAAUAAUGAACAAAAAAUUAUCAAGCAUAUGCAAUGCGGUGCAGACUUGCCUGCCGAGCAACAUGCCGGUGCUGCUCCAGCCGUACCGGGAGGAGGAGCUCCAGAUCCUGCGAGGUGACCACCCCAAGCAGAAGCACGACCGUGCCUACCAGGACCACGACCGCGUCUACCGCUACGACCUCUACAACGACCUCGGCGAUCCCGACAACAAGAGCCCCCGCCCCACCCUCAGCGGCCCCGACAGCCCCUACCCUUGCCCGCGCCGCGGCCGCACCGGCAGGAAGCCCAUGAAGAGCGAUCCCACGUGCGAGAGCCGCAACGUCGUGCCCGUGCUUCAGCAGUUCUACGUGCCCCGCGACGAGUGCUUCAACCACGUCAAGAAGGCUGACUUCACCUCCUACCUCCUCAAGGCAAUCAGCGCCGGCAUCCUCCCCCUCGCCAGGGAGCUCUUCGACACCGCUGUGUCGCGCGAGUUCGACGACUUCGAGGACAUGUACAAGCUCUACGAGGGCGGGAUCAAGAUCCCCGACGUCCCCGUCAUGGACCUAAUGUUCAAAGUCUUCCCGCCGCUCAAGAGCAUCUGCCCGUCCGGCGGCUCCUACCUCUUGAAGAUGCCCAUGCCGGAGGUCAUCAAGAACGACAAGCUCGCGUGGCGCACGGACGAGGAGUUUGCCCGCGAGAUGCUCGCCGGCCUCAACCCGCACAUCAUCACGCGCCUGCAGGAGUUUCCUCCCAGGAGCAAGCUUGACGGGUACGGCGACCAGACCAGCACCAUCAAGGUGGAGCACAUCCAGCCCUACCUCGGCAAGCUCACCGUCGACAAGGCGAUCACCGACGGCAGGCUCUUCAUCCUGGACCACCACGACAACUUCAUACCUCAGCUGCACAAGAUCAACAGCCUCGAGAACACCUUCGUCUACGCCACCAGGACGUUGCUCAUCCUGCAGGACGACGACACCCUCAAGCCAAUCGCCAUCGAGCUCAGCAGGCCACGCCUUGAUGAAAUCGGCACCAAAGUGGUCGGCGCCGACAGCAAGGUCUACACGCCCCCCUCCUCUGCAGGCUCCGAGUCGGACAACAAGGUCCAGGACACCAUCUGGCAGCUGGCCAAGGCCUACGCCGCCGUGAACGACUCCACCUGGCACGGGCUCAUCAGCCACUGGCUCCACAUCCUUCAUUUUCCAUGA